GAAGAUACAGACAAGUAUGCAGUUAAAAAGUGACAAGAGGGGAUCUCCCUAAUUCACAAGACUUGUAUGACAAGCCGGCAAUGCUAGAGGCUCUGCAUUGCAUUAGGCUUAUGUGCUGUCCUGCCCAUCCCCCAUACUGAGAUACCAAAGCAGAGUUGUGUUGCUUUUGCAACCAGCAAAGCUUUAGCUAGAGAGAGAGAGAGAGAGGAGAGGGGGUGGGGAAGGAGAGCAGAGAAGAGUGACGGUGUGUUAUUCUCCAAAAGAAUAUAUAUACAUUCCCCCAGAGAUCCUUUCUCCGUCUCUUUUUAGAUUCCAAACUGAACCACUGUAUAAAUAGAUGGGCUUAUUUUGUGAUGAUAAUGUAUUCUGCCUUUCAACCACUUUGUGUGGUUUAUCUGAUUUUCUUCCUCCUCGUGCUCUCCCUCUCUCUCUUUUUCAUUUUCACUUCCUGCUUGCAGACUAGCUCAACUCACCACCAACCCUCCCUUCUCUUACUUUUCUAACGCAUUUUAAUCAGCACACAACCCACUAAAAUACCAGUUUCCCUUGCACGUCCACCAACAGUAAAAAUACUUUGAGCCCGGUGGGCUAUUCUGUUAGAUUUAUGUUUAAUAUAAGUAUAUUCAUUUUUUUCUUUCUUUUAGUCUGUUUUUUUGUGUAGGGUUGAAAGUAAAUUAGGUGUCCGUGUGUUAUUUCAUAGGCAGUACUAAAACCAGUACAGCCAGCUUCAAGACAAACCUAGCUCAGCUAGCUUCAUAGCAAGAAACCUCAUUAGUGUGGUUAAACCACAUGCAACUGGCUUUACCAUUAAAUUAAUUUAUCUAUAAUUACAGUGUUCUAAACUAAAUUUCUUCAAGGAGCUAUUUCAACCUUGCCGUAAUGCAACGCCAAUGUAACACCCAAGCACCCCCCAACUAGCCCCCUUCCCUGAAUCCAUUCCGCACUAUGGAGGAAGUCCUAGCCAUGUUUUACUGCUCUCAGUGCACCUCGGUAAAAUGGCUGUAUCUAACUGAGCCUCGUGCUGGUGUGAUCCGUUCCUCGGCUGUAGUGUAAUUCUGCAACAUACCCCCCUUCACAAAUUCCGUGUCGGUUAAAAUUCAUUCCCGGGAACUCAAUUUACGGCGCUUGAUAGUUUAAAACAAGGAGCCGACGGAGCAGUCCGGAUUCGGUCCGGCUUAAGGGGUGGGGAUGAGUCGGGCACGGGCAAAUUGUUGUAAAACUGUUGUAUUUACAUUCAAUGUUUAGCGUUUGAUUGUGACCGACUCGGCGAGAGGGGGGUAUCAUGGCCGCUCAGGUUGCCAGCGCUACCUCUCUCAACACCAGCCCGCCUUCCGAGCUGAAAAAACCGGAUCGAGACCCAAAGGAGGAGUCGGUACCGGGGGAGAAGCAGCAUGAAAUUAAGGAGCCGGGAUUAGAGAGCGGAUCUCCGGGUCGCGGGAAACUGCAGGACCGGGCCGAUGUUGGAAAUGCUGGGGGAGGAGGGGAGUCUGAGAUGAAGAACGGGAAUCCAUCGAGGGUAAACAAUAAUCAAAAUGAUACCGCCGGACCGGAAGGGAAUAAUCACCCCGGUAUGGUACAUCACCACGCGCCUGGGUUUCCGCCACCUUCCCACGGCUUCAGUCCUCACUACGGCCGGGCCCCUUUUCAUCAACAUGGCGGACAACAAAGCCCUGGCAUGGCAGCUGCAGCGGGGCCAGGCGCUCUGUCGAGCAGUGUGUUGGACCCCUAUCAGUCCAACUCUCACGAGCACGGCUUCCCGAACCACCAGUUCAACAACUACAGUCCGUACGGAAACCGAAGCCCGUACCCGGGCCAGGGAUACGGCUUGAACUCUCCGCGCAGCGCUCCUCAAGCUCAGGCGGUAGGGGGGCAGCCAGCCAAGCAGCAGCAGCCGCCGCCAGCAGCGGGAGGAUCUAUGGCAACAUCUUACAAUAAUCAGAGGUAUAACAUGGGAAAUCCGCAGCCAACAUCUACCCCAACUCUCAACCAGCUCCUGACCUCCCCGAGCGGUGCCAGGGGCUACCCAAAUUACCCAGCGAGCGACUACAACAGCCAGGAUGGUGCUAAAGGACCAGCAGAUCUGGGUAGCGGUGGGCAGUAUGGUGGGGGCCAUCCGGGUUGGCAACAAAGGACCCACCACCCGCAGCCCAUGAGUCCGGGAAGUACCGGGCAGCCCCUGGGUAGAAACCAGACUCCAGGCUCCAUGGAUCAGAUGGGGAAAAUGCGGGGUCAGCCAUAUGGGUCAGGUGGCCCUUACCCUCAACAACCGCAUCAAGGACCUCCGCCAGUGGCCCAGCAGGGGCCUGCUUACCCAGGCCAGGCCUAUGGGCCACCUGGCCCGCAGAGAUACCCUGUGGGCAUGCAAGGACGCAUGCAGUACAGUCAGCAGAUGCCAUCAUAUGGACAGCAGGGAACAGGGGGCUUUGUGCAGCAGGGGCAGCAGUCGUAUUAUGGCCAGCAUGGUCAGGGGCCUCACACGGGCCAACAGCAGUCGCCAUACCCCCAGUCUCCCCCUGGACAACCAGGGGGACAGGGACCUUAUUCACAGCAACCUCAUGCCCCCCAGCCUUCUGGCCCACAUGGACAGGCUUGUGCUCCUUACCAACAGUCCCACAUGCCCCAGCAGACUCAGGGGCAGGUACCCGGCCCCUCGUCUGGUUCAUCCCAGUCCCCGUACUCGCAGUCCUCAGCAGCAACCCUCCAGUCUAGUCAGUCUCCCUAUUCCCAGCAACAGGUGCCCCAGUCCCAGACCACACAGCAGGGCAGCUCCCAGGCUCCUCCUGCAUCUCAGACCCAGCCCAGCUACCCACCUGGUCAAGGCCCCCAGCAGCCACCAUCACAGCAGCCGCAACAGACGCCCACUUCUGCUACUCAGCAGCCCGCGGGACAUGGACAGAUGCCGCAGAGCCAGCCCGCAUCAUAUUCGCAGAAUCCACCACAACAACAGCAGCAGCAACAGUCGCCAUUUCAGCGGUUUGCCCCACCUCCUCAGGAGAUUUCCCAGGAGUCUUUUAGUUCCCAGUCAAGCGCUCCCCCUUCCAUUCAGCCUUUGGCAUCUAAGAGCAGCACUGAGGACAUGCAGGGCAGACCCUCCAGUCUACCAGACCUAUCCGGUUCCAUUGAUGACCUGCCCACUGGUACGGAGGGCGCUCUGAGCCCUGGAGUCAGCACAUCUGGUGUAUCCAGCAGUCAAGGAGAACAGAGCAAUCCAGCACAGUCACCCUUCUCCCCCCACACCUCCCCUCCCGUAGGUUCACCUGCCAGCGCCACGGCAUCUCGCUCUGGCCCACUGUCCCCUGCCACAAUGCCAGGGAACCAGAUGCCACCCCGCCCUUCAAGUGGACAGUCUGAUGGGAUCUUGCACACUUCAAUGAACCAGCCUGGCAUGGGCCAAGACAGAGGGUAUAUACAGAGAAACCCUCAGAUGGGACCCUAUGGGUCUCCUCAGUCUGGGUCUGCUUUGUCACCUCGUCAAUCAUCUGGAGGCCAGGUGCAUUCUGGGUUGGUUCCAUAUCAGCAGAACAACUCCAUUGCUAGCUAUGGGCCUCAAGGUGGUCAGUAUGGCCCACAAGGUUAUCCAAGGCAACCUGGUUACAGUGGCAUGCCUAAUGCCAAUUACCCAGGCCCUGGCAUGGGUGGUUCCAUGAAUCCUGUGCCUGGACAAGGAGGAGGGCCACCAUUUGUUGGCAUGACAUCUGGAAGGAUGCCUCAUGGCCAAAUGGGUGCACGUCCCUAUGGCCCCAACAUCGGUCCCAACAUGAGUCCCAAUAUGGGCCCUAAUAUUGGCAGCAUGCCCCCACAAGUGGGCACAAGGAUGUGCCCACCUCCAGGCCUCAACAGAAAGCUGCAGGAUGGUGCUGCAAUGCAGCAUGGAACUGCCAAUUCCAUACACAACAGACUGUCAGGUUACCCCAAUAUGUCUCCUGGUAUGAUGGGCUCAGGUCCUCCGUAUGGCCCCUCCAUGAACAACAUGCCAGGGAUGAUGAACACCCAGGGCCCUUCCUACCCAAUGGGUGGAAACAUGGCCAACAACUCUAGUGGCAUGUCCCCUGGUCCAGAUUUUGGUAUGGAUGGAAAACUUAACCAGGCACAGAAAAUGAAUAACAAAGUUGAGGGGACGACGCCUAAGACAGAAUCAAAAUCAAAGAAGUCCAGUUCCUCCACAACAACCAAUGAGAAGAUCACACGAUUGUAUGAGCUAGGCCCAGAGCCAGAAAGAAAGAUGUGGGUAGAUCGUUACCUUGCUUUCAUAGAGGAAAAAGCCAUGGGCAUGAGUAACCUACCGGCUGUGGGGCGUAAGCCCCUCGAUCUCUUCCGCCUCUACAUGUCCGUUAAGGAGAUUGGUGGUCUUACACAGGUUAAUAAAAACAAAAAAUGGAGGGAGUUGGCCACAAAUCUGAAUGUGGGUACCUCUAGCAGUGCGGCCAGCUCUCUGAAAAAACAGUAUAUCCAGUGUUUAUAUGCGUUUGAAUGUAAGAUUGAGCGUGGAGAAGACCCACCACCAGAAAUUAUAUCUGGAGACACCAAAAAGAACCAGGCCAAGAUUCAACCACCAUCCCCAGCUGGUUCUGGCUCUCUUCAGGGGCCCCAGACUCCACAGUCCACCACCAGCUCCAUGACGGAAAGUGGAGACUUGAAGCCACCUACUCCUGCCUCCACCCCACACAGUCAGAUGCCCCCAAUGCCAAGUGGCAGGAGUAGUGUAAACCUGCAGGAUCCAUUUGCUGAUAGUGACCCAGCCAUCUCUCGGAGAAACACUAUGACCCCCAACUCUGGCUACCAGUCAGGCAUGAGCACACCGGAGAUGCCUGGGCGCAUGGGCCCCUACGAACCCAACAAGGACCACUUCAGUGGUAUGCGUAAAGUUGGAGAACAGUUCAUGCCUGGUGGGCAGGGUCCCAACAGCAGUCUUGGUGAUCAGUACAACAGGGGACAACCAGGUCCUAUGGGGAACAUGCCUAUUGGGCAAAGGCAUCAGUAUCCAUAUGGCCCCGGCUAUGACAGAAGACCAGAGUCAGGGAUAGGCCCAGAAGGCAGCAUGGGGCCUGGAGUGCCACAAUCAAAUAUGAUGCCUUCCAAUGCUGAAUCUGGAAUGUACUCACCAAAUCGUUACCCUCCACAGCAACAGAGGCAUGAUUCCUAUAGUAAUCAGUAUCCUGGGCAGGGUGCGCCUCCUGGUGGUUCCUAUCCAAAUCAGCAGCCUGGAAUGUACCCGCAACAACAGUCGAGUUAUAAAAGGCCAAGUGAUGGAGGCUAUCCGCCAGCUAAACGGCACCAUGAUGGUGAAAUGUUCAGUGGGCCUUACAAUGCGCAGCAGCCACCACCACCGGCUCCCCCUAGUGGUCCCUCAACUGGUCAGCAGGAGAUGUAUAACCAGUAUACCAGUUCUUACCCUGGUUCUGAGCGCCGUCCACCUGGUCCUCAGAAUCAGUUCCCCUUCCCCUUUGGUAGAGACCGAAUGCAAGGUGGGACAGGCCCUAACUCCCAGGGUUCUAUGCCACCUCAAAUAAUGGGCAGUCCAAUGCAGUCUGGUCCUGAUGGUCCUCAAGGUGGCAUGUGGCAAGGCCGAGGUGAUAUGGGCUACCCAAAUUUUCCCAACCGUCAGGGUCCUCCUGUUGGUCCUGGCCAGGGCCCUGGCUACCAUCCAAUGAACCGACCUGAGGAGAUGAUCUCAUCUGAACCACGCAUGAAUCAUGAUGGGCAGUGGCCUGGGCCAAGACAACCCCCGUAUGGGCCUGCUGGUGCCGGCCCACCAAUGAGCAGACCCUUGCAGUCCAACUAUCAAUCUCCCCAAACCGCGCAAAACCACAUUCCACAAGUGUCAAGCCCUACGCCCAUGACCCGCUCCAUGGAAAGCAGGACUUCCCCCAGCAAAUCUCCCUACAUGCCCAUCAAUAUUAAAAUGCAGAAGGCAGGACCUCCAGUCCCUGUGUCUCACAUUGUACCUACCCCAGUGCAGCCUCCAAUGAUGAGAAGAGACCUGCCCUUCCCUUCAGGCUCAAUAGAGGCCACACAGCCAGUACUCAAAUCACGCAGGCGUCUUACCAUGAAAGAGAUUGGCACUCCAGAAGCAUGGAAAGUCAUGAUGUCCCUAAAAUCAGGGCUCUUGGCUGAGAGCACAUGGGCUUUAGACACCAUUAACAUUCUGUUAUAUGAUGACAGCAGUAUUUCAAAUUUCAACCUUAUUCAGCUCCCUGGUUUCUUGGAACUAAUCGUAGAGUAUUUUCGCCAUUGCCUCAUUGAGAUAUUUGGCAUUCUGAAAGAAUAUGAAGUUGGUGAUCCAGGACAAAGAGCUCUGUUGGAUCCUAGUGUCCUCAAAGAUGAAAAUAUUGUGGAUGAUGAGGCACUGGUUGAGUGCAUGGAGGAAGACGGAGAAACAGAGGAUGAAGAUGAAGCAGAAGAAAUGCAGAGUUCACAACAUCAAGAACAUCACACAGUACAAAGACCAUUCCAUAUAAAACAGGAGGAAAAGCAAAGGACAGGUGAAGACUCUGGGAAGAAAGAAGAUUGCCAAGCAAUGGAGGAAGAGUCAGCUGCAGAAUCUAAGAUUUUAGAGCCACCAUGCCUCGAGUUGGCUGUGACUGAGGAGAAGCCCAAACAGGCUAGCAAGUUCGAUAAACUUCCCGUGAAGGUUGUGCGAAAGAAGGAUCCAUUUGUGGUGGACUGCUCGAAUAAGCUUGGAAGGUUGCAGGAAUUUGACAGUGGCCUUCUGCACUGGAGUAUCGGUGGAGGUGAUACAACAGAACACAUCCAGACCCACUUUGAAAGCAAGAUGGACCUGUUGCAACUAUGGAAAGGGCUUUUUCCUGCCCAGGCCUCAGACAGGAAGAAAGGAUCUCUAAAAGAAAGCCAGGCACCUUCGCCACCCUCAUCAAGUGAAGAGCACAGAAAAGAGGUGGAAAGGGAACCUUCUCAGCAGUCAUCCACUGAGGAAGUGACCAAUGAGAUUCCUAAUAUAAAAGAGGAAAAUCCUGCUGACUGCUCAGAAACUGCUUCUGAAAGGAAAUCACACAAGGAAAAAGAUCAAGAGAAUCAAGGAUCCGAUACAGCAACCCUAGAAAACAUCAGGCCUGCACAUCCAAGCCCAUCAUCACAGAGUCAGUGCAUCAUUGCCAUUCUAGAAGAUGAGCCACAUAGCAAGGAUGAAGUUCCUCUUCUCACGCUGUCUGACUGGCAAGAUUCCCUUGCUCGUCGCUGCAUAUGUGUCUCAAACAUUGUACGCAGCCUCUCUUUCAUUCCGGGCAAUGACUUGGAGAUGUCCAAGCACCCGGGGCUGUUGCUACUGCUAGGUCGCCUUUUGCUUCUCCACCAUCAGCAUCCAGAGCGCAAGCAGGCACCUUUAACAUAUGAAAAAGAAGAGGAGAGGUAUGAGAGUGUUGGUAACAAGAAAGACGAGUGGUGGUGGGACUGUCUAGAGCUGCUGCGGGAAAAUUGCUUGGUCACUCUUGCCAACAUCUCAGGCCAGCUUGAUUUCUCGGUCUACACUGAGAGCAUCUGCCUGCCACUGCUGUAUGGCUUGCUCCACUGGGCUGUUUGUCCUUCAGCUGAAGCCCAAGAUCCCUUCCCUAGUCUUGGGCUAAACGGUGCAUUGUCCCCCCAGAGACUAGUGCUGGAGACCCUCUGUAAACUCAGCAUUCAGGACAAUAAUGUGGACCUUAUUUUGGCAACACCACCUUUUAAUAGAUUAGAGAAGUUGUUUGGGAACCUUGUACAUCUAGUUGGAGAGCGAAAGGUUCCUGUCUGCCGGGAGAUGGCAGUCGUGCUGCUGGCCAAUCUUGCACAGGGUGAUAGCCUGGCAGCCCGUGCCAUUGCGGUACAGAAGGGCAGCGUAGGGAAUCUGUUGGGCUUCUUGGAGGACAGCUUGGCAGCAACGCAGUUCCAGCAAAGUCAAGGUUCCCUACUGCACAUGCAGGGGACACACUUUGAGCCAACAAGUGUGGACAUGAUGCGGCGGGCUGCUCUGGCUCUACUGGCCCUUGCUAAGUUGGAGGAAAACCACUCGGAGUUUACGCUCUAUGAAUCACGGCUACUGGACCUUUCUGUCUCUCCCCUCAUGAACUCAUUGGUUUCCCAUGUCAUCUGUGAUGUACUCUUUUUGAUCGGUCAGUCAUGACAGCUGUGCGGAGCUGUGGCUCCACCAUCUCUGGUUUUUGUACUUCCCCCUUGCCUGUCGUCCCCCUUGGUGAGGGGAGAAUGAAAGCAGAGAAAAUUGACUGUUCCUUUUUUUUAUUUAUUUAUGCAAGCCCUUUCAUAUUACACCUACUGGUACCCCUAUUCUUUGCAUCUCACUUUGGGAAGGGUGUCAAAAAUUUGCUGUGGAUCAUGAAGCAGAACCACAACACACAUGACACAAAUGAUAACACUGAUGCCAUCAAGAUGACAUGGACAGGGACCCCAACUUUUGUGUCCUGAGGGGGAAGUACUUUUUAUAAUAAAAUAAAUAAAUGAAUAAAAUAAAUAGCUUGAAAAAAAAAAAA